AUGCUGGCCCUGCUGUGCCCCGCGCUGUGCCCCGCGCUGUGCCCCGCGCUGUGCCCCGCGCUGUGCCCCGCGCUGUGCCCCGCGCUGUGCCCCGCGCUGGCGGGGCUGCUGCUCCUGCCGCUGCUGCUGCGCCGCGCCUGCCCCUCCUUCUUCCAGGACCUUCGCUUCGCCCUCGCGAUGGGCGGGUGGCGGGCGGGCGCGCAGAGCCGGUCGCGCACCCUCCUGGACGUGCUGGCGCGGCGGGCGCCGCACAAGCCGCUGCUGCUCUUCGGCGACGAGGCGUGCACCUACGCGCAGGUGGAGCGGCGGAGCAGCCAGGCGGCGCGGGCGCUGCGCCGGGCCGCGGGGCUGCGGGCGGGCGGCUGCCCGGCGCUGCUCAUGGGCAACCGGCCCGCCUACGUCUGGCUGUGGCAGGGCUGCGCCGUGGCUUGCCUCAACCGCGGCGUCAGGGCCGGCGCCCUGCUGCGCUGCUUCCAGAGCAGCGUGGCCACCGUGCUGCUGGCGGCCCCAGAGCUGAAGGAAUCUGUUGAAGAAAUACUGCCAUUCUUGAAGAAAGAAAAAGUUAAAGUUUAUUAUUUAAGCAAGACAUCUGCUACUGAAGGUGUUGAGAGCUUUCUUGAUAAAGUAGAUGCUGCUUCAGAUGAGCCUACUCCAUUGUCUUGGAGAUCAGAUAUAACCUUUAAAACUCCUGCCAUGUACAUUUAUACUUCUGGUACUACAGGUCUUCCUAAAGCUGCAGUGAUUAACCAUGAACGCAUUAACGCUGGCUGUGGUUUGUUCGAUGCUGGCAAUGUUACCUCAGAAGAUAUUGUGUAUACUGCUCUACCACUCUAUCACAGCUCUGCCCUCCUCGUUGGGUUCCACGGACGUAUCAUGAAAGGUGCAACUAUAGUUUUGCGUGCCAGGUUUUCAGCAAGCCAGUUCUGGGAUGACUGCAGAAAAUAUAACGUAACUGUGAUACAGUAUAUUGGGGAAGUGCUUCGGUAUCUAUGCAGUGUGCCACAGAGAAACACUGAUCAGGACCACAAAGUCAGACUUGCCAUAGGAAAUGGAGUAAGGGCUGAUGUUUGGAGGGAAUUUAUCUGAAGAUUUGGAAGUAUUAAUAUGCGAUUUUAUGCAUCAACUGAAGGAAACAUUUCUUUUGUUAAUUACACUGGAAAAGUUGGUGCAGUGGGAAGAGUAAACUGCCUGCAGAAGAAAAUCUUACACUAUGAAUUGAUUAAAUACAACGUAGAAGAUGAACCAGUCCGAGAUGAGAACCGAUACUGCAUAAGAGUUCCCUAAGGUAAACCUGGACUACUGAUCUGCAAAAUCACCCAAUAUGCCCCAUUUAAUGGCUACACAGGAGCAAAACAUCAAACAGAGAAGAAGCAAUUAAGAGAUGUCUUCCGGAAAGGGGAUUCAUAUUUUAACAGUGGUGACCUUUUAGUGAUUGACAAUGAUAACUUCAUUUAUUUCCAUGAUGGAACAGGAGAUACAUUCCGGUGGAAAGGGGAAAACGUUUCUACAACAGAAGCUGCAGAUGUUUUAGGACUGCUUGACCGCGUUCAAGAAGUUAUUGUAUAUGGAGUAUCUGUUCCAGGUUAUGAAAGCAAAACAGGAAUGGUAUGUAUUUGACUCAAGGAAAAUUGGGAAUUUAAUGGAGAAAGUACUUACAGGCAUGUUAAGGCUCACCUUCCAAGCUAUGCAAGACCUCGUUUUAUAAGGAUUAAGAGUGCCAUUGAACUUACACUUUUUAAGUACCGUAAAUUACAACUAGUGGAAGAGAGUUUCAAUCCAGCAGUCAUUAAAGAUCGCCUGUAUUUCCUGGAUGAUAGAGAAAACCUGUAUGUACAAAUGACCCAGGACAUUUAUAACUCUGUAAAAAAACAUGAUGUCAAAUCGUAAGCAUGUAAAAAAAACCCCAAAAACCUGUGUUUUAUAAUAUUCAGUUUUUAAAGCAUGUUAUUCUAACCUUGCCAGGAAAUCCUGUUCGUUAAUAUUAGCAAAUAUCAGUAUCUGAAAUAAAGUGUGAAUGUGAGAUUGUUUUAACAAAGCAGAACUUCAACUCUACUUGUAUUUAGCCUGGCCUCUCCUCUCCUUCACACUUUGAUUCCUACCUACCUUCCUACUGUGCGCAGAUGUAUUGUUAAUGCUGCAAAUGUUAAUACUGUGCACCUAAGCAUGUGAAAGUGGGUACAUUUAUAUUCAUAUUAAAGGAUGAACCACUGCAUUAGUAAAAAUUACAUCCCUAUGUCAAAACAGAAAACUCAUUAAAAAAGACCAUUAAUGAAACUUCGUUGUUUCAAAGUAACUAAUCAAAAAAGGACCGUAUUAGAUGCUUACAUUAACUUUCAUCCAUUAUCAAUUUUACCCUCUUAUCUUUCAUGCACCAAAUUCACACA